AAAAGAACAAGUUCGUGUAUGGGUGGAAGAUCGAGGACUUGAGCUGUGGCAGUGCUCAGUCGACAUCGUUACCGCGGACUGGACGGUGACCUUUAACUAGUGAUACCAUGAGCUGCUAGACCGAUGGUACUACAUUCGCGUGUAUCUCUGAAACUGCCCACGAAGCAUUCACAGUCAAAUUCAACACAGUGAAACUGAGUAUAUCUACUAUAACCACGCUCCUCCAAUUUCCUCCAAUAUGUUACUCUACACUACGGUUUUAUUCCUAAUCUAUUUGGGAAUGAGCGAUUCAACUAUAACAGAAAGAGACUAUAAGGUCAACAACAUAGUCUUCCUGAGAGAUAAAUAUUCCUGGUGUCAAGCAACGCCAAUUCAACAGAUCAUAACGUCACCUGGAUAUCAAAGCGUAACCAUUAACAAUAAUAUAUGUGUAGGAGCCUGUUGGAGCUACAGCAUCCCUAAGACACAACCAGCAGAACCAGGGGAGAUCAUAGGACCCUAUUGUGACAGCUGUCAGCCGAAUGUCACCAAAUGCUAUCAUGUCACUCUGACGGCUGACGACACCAAUCAAUCCGGUCCAAAAACCAUCCAGAAAAGAAUCGAAAUCAUAAAGAGCUGUCAUUGUCGGCCUUGCGAUAAGUUGCCAAAAGCGGAAUGCAAUCUCACGCAAGAGAACACGCUAGAACUACCGCAGAAUAUGUACACCAGCAAGGAUUCCAAAUAUGCUAUCCCUACUUCGGAUCUACCAGACAAAGACCUUAUGUACCUGCUGCCCAGGAUCAACACCAACGCUAUAUCGAAGCUGCUGAACGAAGAUCCAAACAGUAUCGAUAAUAGGCUAAACGGGUCAUCUAAACUGCUCAAGAUCUUGAACUUUUGGGAGAAGAUGCCCAACAGUUCCGCCAUGAGAUCGGGCCAAAAGAAAUUGGGUGAUAUUUUGAAAAAUCUGCAGGGUCCCGCAAGGAAAGAUUUGAAUGAUUUUGUCAACUAUAUAAAUUCAGACGAUGUUAUAAAUACCACUUUGGACAAUCAAAAAUUAACAAAAGUUCUGGAAACAUAUGAAGAGAACAAAGAUAAUAUGAUAGAGCAACGAAACGUAUGGCUUGGAACAACCAACAAUGAAAAAAUUUUAGAAGAUUUGAGGAAAUCUCAAAUGCCUGCAUCUUAUGGCUUAGAAGGUAGCACCUUGGGCAUGAAACAUCAUUAUAAAGGAUCGCACAUAGGUAUGGGUAUAAAAACCAAUGAAGUUGAAGACCUACAAGUUGUAACACUACCACCAGAGCCUGAAGAUGACCUAAAAAUUUCGACACAAAAGGUGGAAACAUCAUCUCAUCACUUUAGAAAAAGUCAUUAUGCUUUGGAAGAAGAAUUGGUUCAUGGUAAAAUGGAACACUUGGUGAAGGGACCUCAUGGGAGCCUGGUUUUGAGGCCUGAUAUCAAGGUCGAGAAAAAAUUAAAUUUAGAAACAGAUUCUCUAACCCCAAAUCAUCAAGGCGUCGUGAUUUCUUAUACGGCGGAUGACCCAAAUGCACCCAAACAUGCCGAUGAUUGAAACUUCGAAGAUUCAGAGAAAAUCUUCAAAAGAAUCCAAAGAGGCAAUCAAUUUUAAGAGGAGUUUUAUUUGAAAAAAUCGUGAAAACUUAUUAUGAAAGGUAGCAAUAUCAUCUUGAGGUGUUUUUUUGCAACUAAAAUUUCGGAUGGUUGUAAAAAGAUGUUGAAUCCAAAGACAAUAUUUGAAUCCCCAUCUAUUGAAUAUAUUGUGUGAGUUAUAUCUUCAAACUUCGUGAAAUUUUUUAAAUAUUAUUGAAGAUACUACAAGCGAAAAAAAAAUUUAGGUAAUGUUUAUAAAUUUUAUGUUUUACCGUUACUCCUUACCGUUUUCGACUGUUGAAGCUUAGUUUUUUCAACCAGUGGAGUUUCAUUGAAUGUUUACAUCUAGUCCUAAAAAUAUUGUUUAAAUUUGUGUUUAACCAUUUCGUACUAAAUUCAACAAUUAUGUAAUCUAGAAUAUCAUAUGUGCUUCAUGUUAUCUAUGUACCUACUAACUCUGUUAACUUUAUUUUGUACCUUUUCUUUCUAAUACUGAUUAUGAAAUUGAAUAGGCUGUGUAUUUUUAGUCAAAAAUUCUUCUUAUAUUUCUAUUCUUUGUUAUGUAUUUGAAAUAUUUCAGUAAUAAAGAUUUUUUCCGUU